AUGUCGAUACACACAGUGAGCAGUGCGCGGUCCGCAAAUAGCGUGAUCACUUUAUCGUAUAUGCGAAUUUUCAUAAUUUGCUCCAUUUUCAUUACCGGAAGUUAUCAACAAAAAGAAAAAGAUGAGGAGUUUGUAUGUCCUGAAGGAACACAAGGAAAUGGAAAUUUUGCAGAUCCAGCUACGUGUAGGAGAUUUUAUCAAUGCGUUGAUGGGUAUCCGUACGUAAAUAGAUGCCCCUCUAGUUUAUACUUCGAUGACAUUAACAAGUAUUGCACAUUUAAAGCUGAAGCCAGAUGUGGUCCCAUUGCAACUACCCCUGCUCCUGUGACCGAGACACCACUAGACUUGGCCACUAAAUGCGAUCUUGCCGAGUGCCUGCUACCAUACUGCUUUUGUUCCAAGGAUGGCACUUUAAUCCCAGGUGGUCUUGAUCCAGAAGAUACGCCCCAGAUGAUAAUGUUGACAUUCGAUGGAGCGGUAAAUUUGAACAACUACGAACUUUACAAAAAGGUAUUUAAUGGAAAACUUAAGAAUCCCAACGGCUGUCCUAUACGGGGGACGUUCUUCCUUUCACACGAAUACAGUAACUACGCACAGGUGCAGGCUCUUGCUCACUAUGGUCAUGAGAUAGCGACGGGCACGGUAUCACAGCAGCAAGGUCUUCAAGACAAAGGUUACGAAGAAUGGGUGGGUGAAAUGAUCGGUAUGCGCGAAAUUCUUCGUAAGUUUGCAAACAUUUCUCGCUCCGAGAUCACCGGCACUAGGGCACCGUUCUUGAAACCAGGAAGAAAUACUCAAUUCAAGGUGUUGGAAGACUUUGGCUACAUCUACGACAGUUCGGUGGGCGUGCCACCGUUGCCGAUCCCGGUGUGGCCUUACACGCUCGACUACAAGAUCGCUCACGAAUGCAAGGCCGGAACUUGUCCCACGAAAUCCUUCCCAGGUUUGUGGGAGGUGCCUUUCAACGCUCACUACGUGGAAACCUACGAGGGCGGACAUUGUCCUUAUCUCGAUCAGUGCGUCCUACACAAUCACGACGCCAAUGAUGUGCUACAAUGGCUUCAAGAGGACUUUAGCAGAUACUACGAACAAAACCGAGCGCCGUACAUGAUGCCAUUUCAUACGAACUGGUUCCAGAUUAAAGAGCUAGAACAAGGACUGCACAAGUUCUUACAUUGGGCUGCUGGUUUACAAGAUGUAUGGUUUGUAACUGUGACACAAGCGUUGACUUGGAUGACAGAUCCUAAACCAGUGAAAUCGUUAAUCAACUAUGAAGCCUGGCGCUGUGACCGCAAAGAUCUUCCUGCAGCUCCUUGCAACCUGGCCAACAAGUGUGCACUCUCAUUCAAGCAACCCGAGAGCAACUUUACUGAUACCCGAUACAUGGAGACUUGUAGCGAAUGCCCUAACCAGUACCCAUGGCUAGGCGACUCUGGUGGGACUGGCAUUCCUGGAAAAGACAACUAUGUACCCGAAAAUCUCAGAAGGAAGUAG